CCGUAACACCAGCUGAACAAGGGCCCACUACCCUGAGCUACAGCCAUGGGGGCGGGGGGCGCCCAGGAAACCAGAGAGGCGCCCCCCCCCCGAUGUGGGGAGAGCUGGAUAAUAGUUUUGGAAACGACCCGCUUUCCUCUCCUCCUCACCCAGUUGCCGAAGCCGAACUGUUCAAUGGCGUCCAGGAGGAGCUGCUCCUCACGGCUGCUCCAACCGCCCUCGGCCUCAGCACCCCAGAGCGUAAAGCGCCCGCCGUCCACCAGCUGGUAGCCGUGCCAGCGCCGAUGAGGUCCAAUCUCAGCGCCUGCCGAGAAGCACUCAGGACAGAGCUCGAUAUCGGCACACUCGGUGCAGCGGAAGCGGAGCGAGCUCACCUCGGCCAAGCAAUACACGCAAUACUUUUUUCCUAGCUCCGCCAUUUUGCUUCCCCUUCAAAGGAAAGAACUGGCGCAGCGCUGACGUUACAGAUCGCGACGGGCAAGCUGCUCGCCCCCUAUUAGCCUCCAGAAAGCUCUGUGGGCGCGGAGGGUUCCCCAAGCGAGAACGGCCAAUCAGCUUGGACUCUUAGAACGCGUUUCCCUCGCAACCUCCAACCGAACCUCCCUCGCCUUUGAUCGAGCAAGUGAAGUCUUGUUGCCCUAGAAACGGGACGAAACAGGUGGACUGGGAAGGGGACCCAAAUCAAGAGAUCGCUAAGUUGGAUAAGCGAAAAAAGGAUGAUGGAGGCGGAGGGGGCAGUCCCGCCGAUUCCCACCGAACCAGCGGAGGUGCCUGAGCAUGCGGCUACGGCAGAAGUCGUGGAGGAUUCCCGCGCCACUGGUACCGAGGAGGCGCCACUAGCAGUAGCGGAGGCGGCGGCAGAGGUUGCUGCUGCUGCUGAAUUGGCGAGCGAAGGAGAGAGGAUGGAACCAGUCGCCGAAGAGCCACCAGCAUCGGAGGAAGCGGGCGAGGGCACGGCGGCGGACGAGGAAGAGCCGCCGCCGCCAGACGGAGCAGCCUCCAGCGAUGGCGCGGGAGGAGGGGAGGGAGAGGAGGAGGAGGAGGGCGAGGGGGGUCCGGCUCCUCCUCCGGCCAUAGUGGAGAGCGUGGUGAGGGAGGCGCCCUCGAACAUCUCCCUGCGCGACGAGCUGCCCACCAGCGCCUCCUUCACCGAGGUGGAGCUGCUGGAGCCGCCGCCGCUGCAGGUGGGCGUGGAGCUGGGGCGCAGGAUCAGCCUCAGCCUGCGGGAGCUGGAGCAGCGGCGCUUGAGCGGGGCAUCGCUGGACGUCGGCAGCAGCUUAGAGAGCGACGAAGUCGAAGAGGCGGAAGCGGAGACCGAGCAGCAACGCGAGCAGCGCCUGGCGCAGGAGCAGCGGCAUCGAGCGGAGCUGAUCGAGCAGUACCGGCAGCUGGUGGCGGAGCGGAGCCGCCUCCACAUCUACAACACGAAGCUGCAGGGCAAGCUGGGCGAGCUGCUGAACAAGGCCAAGGGCAAGGAGCGGGCCCGCGCCGAGCUAGAGCAGCACAUAUCGGACAAAGAGCAGCGCUACAGCCGCUACUUGGCCAUGCUGGACGAGCUGCGGAACCAGCAGGCGGAUGAGGUGACCUGGUUCCAGAAGCAGAUCGAUGCCGCUCAGGGCUCCUGCCAUGAGAAGCUGACCAAGGUGGAGAGGGAGUGGAAGGCCUACCAGGCGGUCAAGAAGGAGGUGGCAGUAUACACCAUGGGGCGGCGUUUGGGGGGCAAGCAGGCGGCCAUCCAGGAAGUCGACCAGAUCCAAGCCAGAGAGCAGAGCAAAGAAAAGGAGAUGACGGAGGUUCAUCUGGAAAAUAUAAAGUUGAAACACAGGAUCCAAAAACUUGAAGUAAGUUUAAAAGCCCAAGAGGAGUUGGCGGAAGGUCUGCAUUUGAUAGACUUUGAGCAGCUGAAGAUAGAGAACCAAACCUACAAUGAAAAGAUUGAAGAGCGGAACGAGGAGCUUCUGAAACUUCGGAGAAAGAUCACUAACACAGUGCAAGUUCUGACUCAAGUGAAGGAAAAAUUGCAAUUUGUGGAAGCAGAGAAUCAUGGUAAAAAGACUCAGCUAAUGGCAAUUGAGGCUCUGGUAGCCCAAAAACGAGAUCUCCUGACUAAGACUAAACAGGCUCGGGAUAAGCUGCGAAUGGACAAUCAGAGGCUUUGCCAGAAGUGUGGCUUACUUGGGAAUGCACUAUUGCUAAGGGACUUUGAAAGUAAGGUGGCUGCUGCUGAAAUACUGAAUGAUAGGCUGGAGGUGCUGAAACGUCAUCAUGCUGCACUCUCCCUUACUUGCAAAGGAGUAAAGAAAAAAAUCAGAGGGGUGAGAUCUUUUCUACCACUCUAAACUAUUUUGCUUUAAAUGUCAAAAAGGGCAAAGUAGAGAGUGAAUAUGAGAAACUAUAAAAGUUAUUAAAUAGCACAUUGUUGUUUGUUCCUAGAAUCUUUGUUCCAAUAUUGUGUAUAAAUCAGGAGACAAAUCAACUUGUCUACAACUGUCAAUUAAAUUUUUUCAAAGUCAAACAGAUAGUUGUGCUUAGUUUAAUUAAUUUCAAAAGGGUCUGGAUCUGAGGAUCAGUGUGAAACUAUUAAUGCCUUGAUGUAAAAAUAAUUUUAAUCAACUAUUUAGGUGCUUCAGCACCCUUUCUGGGCCCUUUGUUGCUUUCAAUGCAUUUCCACCAAGCAAUGUGGUAGAUAAUGUACCUUUAUUUUUUUACUUGCCUUGUUCAAAAAAAAUUAAAGGAAAUAUGUCAUCUUGUCCUUGCCAUUUUAA